GACACCAGCUACAGGGUCUCAUUUUUCCUAAAAUAGAGAAUGGGGGCAGGGUAUAAAAGAGAAAUCAAGCCCCCUUACAGCACCAUUGCCUCCUUUCAGCCACCAAAAAAGUAACAACCCCUUCCAUCGUGCAGACCUCACAAAAAAGCUGUAAACAUGUUGAUGACUGAUCUGCUGAAAGCUGAUGACAUCUCUAAGGCUGUGGGAGCAUUCAAGGCUGCAGAGUCCUUUGACCACAAAAAGUUUUUUGAGAUGGUUGGUCUAAAGAAGAAAACUCCAGAUGAGGUCAAAAAGGUCUUUCAGAUUCUGGAUCAGGACCACAGUGGCUUCAUUGAGGAAGAUGAACUCAAGUUUGUGAUGAAGGGUUUUUCUAAAGAUGGUAGAGACCUGUCUGAUGCUGAAACCAAAAAAUUUAUGAAAGCGGGAGACAAGGAUGGAGAUGGCAAAAUUGGCAUUGAUGAGUUUGCUGCUCUGGUGGCUGAAUCAUAAGACGGCAUUGACCAAUCUGAUCCCUCCCCGUCCCUGUCCUUAGCAUACCGAUGUCUCUCACCAAUUUUUCCUCAAGAAGGGCACCACCCUGUAAACAGCUCAUAUUUAUUUCCUUUUUUUAUAUUGAAUUGUCUUCCUGAAGGAAAAACAAAAA